CGGCCUCCAUCCGCCAGAGGUGCGGCGUCCUCCGGAGGAUGCUCUGGGGUUUCCCAGCAGGCCUGUGAAGAUGAGUGUGACUUCCUGGUUCCUGGUGAGCAGCUCUGGGACUCGGCACCGCCUCCCCAAGGAGAUGAUCUUUGUGGGGAGGGAGGACUGCGAGCUGAUGCUGCAGUCCCGCAGCGUGGACAAACAACACGCCGUCAUCAACUACAACCCGGCCACGGACGAGCACCUGGUGAAGGACCUGGGCAGUCUGAACGGGACGUUCGUGAACGACCUGAGGAUCCCUGACCAGACCUACAUCACCCUCAAGCUGACCGACAUCAUCCGCUUCGGAUACGAUUCUCACGUCUACGUUCUGGAGAAAAAUCAACACAAAGUCCCAGAGGAGGCGCUGAAGCAUGAGAAGUACAGCAGUCAGCUGCAGAUCAGCCUGAAGAGUUCAGAGAAGAAGAAGCUGGAGCUGGAGGACCGAGCGGGGGCCGAGAAAACACAGAGUACAAAGAGUACACAAGAGGCCCCUGGGAGCCGGCCCACGCCCCUGUACGGGCAGCCCUCCUGGUGGGGGGAGGAGGACUUUGGGGGUUCAGGGCAGAGCAGGGAUGGACCUCCUGCAGAGCUGCAGAGGGGCGCCUCAUCUGGGGACCUGGACCACCGGCCCCCCCUCCCUGCUUACCUUCGGGAUCCGAGUUACUUCGAGACCCCCACCAAAGACCCCCCGGGGGCGGAGCUUCAGGAGAUCCCCACCAAGGACACGGACACGCCCACCAGCACUCCCCCCGUGGUUCAGAGCCACGCCUCCUUCACCAUCGAGUUCGACUCGCCCGGCACCAUGAAGAUCAAAGACCACAUCACCAAGUUCUCCACCCGCCACCGCAAGCCGCAGGCCCCGCCCCCAGCCACACUCACAGACGUGAUGUCAUCAGAGAGCAAGGUCGCUGAUUGGCUGGUGCACAGUGACGUAAGCUUGAUGAGAAGACGGCCCACCUGUGAGGACGUGUACAGCACCAAGAGCGACCUGGCCGUCAACACCAAGACCCUCAGAGGACACCAUCACGAGGACGGGACCCAGAGUGACUCUGAGGACCCCGGGCUGGAAGAGAGGCGGAGUCAGUCCCACCACUCCGUCCAAUCAGAGCAGACGCCCCCCCAGGCCCCCCAGCCCCCGCAGUCUGACCCCCCCACCCCGGUGGCCCCCGAGCGGCCCCUCUCCCAGAGUCCUCCUCGCUCCCCCCCUGCAGAAACACCCAAACAGCCCCCCCCCGAGCACGUCCCCCAGCAGGCCUUCAUCAUCGAGUUCUUCGACGACAACCCUCGUAAGAAGCGCUCUCAGUCCUUCACGCACAGCCCGGCGCCCGAGAGCUGCGGAGCCCUGAAGAACAAGCUGGAGCGCCGGAGAGGAGAGAGGCCGGCGUCCGUCCACAUCCCCCCCACCCAGCAGGUGGUGGUCCUCCUGAAGGGCCCCGGCGCCCCCCAGAGGUCCAGCUCUCUGAAGAGGGAGAAGACAGAGGGUGAGCCCCCGCCCCCCCGCCCCUCCUCGGGUCCGAGGCCCUUCGGCAGCGUGGGGAAAAAGUCCAAACUCACACAGGAGUUCACCGCAGAGUUCCUGAAGGACGCCCCCCCGACCAGAGACCAGCUGUCCCCCCCCCCCUGUCCGCCCCCCCCGGUGAUGGUGACGCUUCCUCACCCGGGAAUCCCCUCCCCCCAAGACCCAGCCCCCCCUUCCUCCCCCCCCCAACCCCCCUCCCCCCCACAGCCUCCAUUAAGGUGCCCAGCCCCCCCCUCUGGGCCCCCCAUCCUGCCCCUGGGCGUCCGGGCAGGAGACCCCAAAGCCUCUCAGAGGAUGAUGAGGAGUGAGGAAGACGACAGCCUGAGCGACGCCGGGACCUACACCAUCGAGACGGAGUCGCAGGACCGGGAGGUGGAGGAUGCGCGGAACAUGAUCGACCAGGUGUUUGGUGUCCUGGACUCUCCAGAGUACAGUGGUGUGAACGCAGGAGUGUAUAAACCACCUGUAAUAAAUGAUGGCAAGGAUGAUAGCGAUGGUAGCACUGUGGACCCGUUGCAUGGCUUUAUCCCAGCUGCUAUCAGCGGCCCCCCAACAGGCCCCCCCAUGCAGGUUCCCCCUGCUCCUGCAGCCGGUCUGGAAGGACCCAAAUGGGUUUCCCGUUGGGCGAGCCUGGCCGAUAGCCAUGCUGAACCCGGUUCCACGCCACCUCAAGGCGAUUGUUUGGAAGAUCUGCGCAUCAUGAGCCGGUCUACAGGACCUCACAGCUACGAUAACUCUGAGUCGGAGUCCAGCCACAGCUCCAGGACCCGAAGGCUGCUGCCCCAGGUUCCACCAGAAAAAUUAGAAAGUGUUCCUCCGAGUAUCCUGAUCCGCCAUGAAUCAUACCAAGGUCAGGAACCCCUGGACAAGAACUUGGGUCCUUCCCGCCCACAGCACUCCACCCAGCGCCUGGCGGUUCAGGAUGAUGUGGAUCCUGACAGCCUGAGUGAUGCCAGCCGCUCAGAUGACUGGCCUGUUCUGGAGGACACCAAGAAGAAUCAGACCAGGAUGGGAACUUUGUCUCCAGCCGGUCCUCCUACAACCAAAUCCACCUCCUUCUACAUCGGUUCUGGAGACAGCCCAGGCAAACCGGACCAGGCCGAUGCUCGGUAAAGCCCCCCCCCUACCACCGUCCUGAUCCGACACCUGAGUGGACACGAACCCCGGAGGACGGGUGUCAAACCCAACAGCUCUGCUCCAAACCUCCAAAUGCAGGACUCGGUCCCCACCAGAGACAGCGGCAUGUCCUCCAUAGUCCGGCAGGAGAGCUUCACCAAAGAGCAGCCCGGCGACACCGUUCAGACCAAGAGGCUUCCCCACAUCUCCAGCCAGCCCUCCAUCAGGGACAUGGAGCAGCGGAGGGACAACAUCCAGGACCCCCAGUCCUUCCUGCAGGAGGCCGAGGGAACUCUGUCCCCUCUGGAUUCAAAGUUCCCCUCGUCCGGCUCGGCUCGCAGCUCCAAGAAAGGAGGCUCGUCCACCCACAUGGACGACUCCCUGUCCGGGGAGUCGGACGUGGACACAGCGAGCACCGUGAGCCAAGUGAGCAGCAAAAACGCUCCGGUUCGCUCCGCCUCCAAAAAGCGUCCCACCCUCAGCAGCGUCCAGAAGGACAGGUCCAGCUCCAGCCAGUCCGUCCAACACAAGGCACGGCAACUCUCUGCCCGCGAACGGCUUUCUGAGAAACGCCGGAGCCAGACGACCUCGGAACCAUCGAGCAAGGCAGAGGCGGCAAAGAGGUUCCAGAUGCGCCGCAGCGCGGGAAACCGCGGCUCUCUGGAUCUGUCCGAGAGCCAGCAGGGGCCACCCUGGACCGAAACCACCUCGUCUGACCAUGAAGUCUCCCGCCCGUCCAGCCGCAGCAAGAAACUCCUCGGCCCUCCUCAGAAAGAAGACAGCGUAAAGACGUCCAAGGCAGCAACGCAGCAGGUUCUGAUGCGGUCCAACAGCCUGUCAGCGCCGCGGCCGACCCGAGCCUCCAUGCUGCGCCGGGCACGCCUGGGCGAGGCCUCGGACAACGAAGGUACAGAGACCGACCGGGCCGAGACCGACCGGGCCUCCCAGAACUCUGACAUCACGGCACCGUCCAGAACAACCGCCGAAGCCAAGAAGCUGUCCAGGCUGGACAUCUUAGCGAUGCCGAGAAAGAGGACCGGUUCCUUCACAACUCCCAGCGACACCGAGACGUCCUCCACGGGCCGGGCCGGGUUUUCUACCCGUAACUCCGAGUCGGCCGUCAGCACCAGGAAGACGUCUGUGGGCGAGGCAGUGAGCAGGGGGGGCGGAGCUAAACAGACGCUGACCCGGACCCGGUCCAGCGGAGCCAAGUACCCCGGAGCCAGUUCCCGUCGCAGACAGAAGGGCUCGGACUUCUCCUCGUCCUCGGAGGAGGAAGAAUAUGUGACUAGUGCCAUGAAUCAGUCCAAACGCCCCCCCUCUUCCUCCCAGACGCCACGCCAGCGGACCGCCGCCACGAGAUCCAAGUCUGUGUCCGUGGAGACGGAGGAGGACGAGAGCGAGGUGGACCCCUACCAGAACUGGUCCACGCACAGCGCCGAGAUCGCCAAACUCAGUCAGGAUUUGGCCAAAGACCUGGCCAUCCUGGCGAAGGAAAUCCACGACGUGGCGGGGGACGGAGACUCGCCGAGCUCCGGCAUCGGGGUGGCCACCUCCCCGAGCUCGCUGCCCAACACCCCGGCUUCCCCCAUCUCUGCGAGGGAAGAGAGGUCAUCUUAUCCAUACGGAGGUGGGGUUCCACCCUCUCAGCUGGUCCAACAUAUCCCCGAGGCCAGUUUAAACUACCAGAAGGUUCCUCCAGGUUCUGCUGACGGCCCGGACCUGGACGCUAACAUGAAUGAGCCUGAGCCCGGUUCUAAGCAGCGCCGUCCGUGGCACCGCGAAGAGGUGCUGCUGGAUAACCUGAUGCUGAACCCGGUCUCCCAGCUGUCCCUCGCCAUCCGGGAAAACACAGAGCAGCUGGCAGAGAAGAUGAAGGUUCUGUUCCAGAACAAGGCGGAGGUCUGGGAGGAGAUCGAGGCCAAGAUCAACGCUGAGAACGAAGUCCCCAUCCUGAAGACCUCCAACAAGGAAAUCACCUCCAUCCUCCGAGAGCUGCGCCGAGUCCAGAGGCAGCUCCAAGUGAUCAACACCAUCGUGGAGCCGGGGGGGGGUCUCCAGGCGGGGGGGGGUCUCCAGGCGGGUGGGGGUUUCCAGGCUCAGACCCGCCCCUCCUCCAGGGAGAAGAAACCCGCCUCCAAACCCCGCGCCGCCCCCGCUAACGCUAAUGCUAGCAGGAGGACUGCCCACAUGUAGCCCCCCCGCCCACAUGUAGCCCCCCCCCCCACAUGUAGCCCCCCCGUGACUCAUAUCGAAGCCUUCUGACCGGUCCAGGACAGAUGUACAUCACAUUUUAUUUCAUGAAUGUUCCUUUGCUGUGAUCGUAGCUGAAUGUCUGUUGGGUACUUGAAC